GCACAGCGAGUCAUUAGGUCAGUGGAAGCAGCCGGAGGGUCGAGCAGGGGGCUGGAGGGGGAGCUAAGCAGACGGAAAAUCGCCCACAGUGGACUUCCUUUCUCCAAGGUGUCAGAAAAAAAGAGAGUCGAGGGGACAAACUUGAGUCCUGAACGGGGAAAGAGGGAGGAGAAAGUGGAUGAAGCGCUUGGCGUUGGAUGUCUAAUGAUCUGAAAACAGACAGGAGUUACACGAUGGCUGACAAAGACUCGAUUGUGAUAGAAGACGAUAUAACAGAUGCAAUGGCUGCUCCGUCGCCAGCAAAGAGUAUCGGCGACCCAGGCAUCACGCCACUCUCCCCAACACACAUACUGAAGGAUUCAGAGGAGAAUGAGCCGGCGGGUCACUCCUUCAUCGUGGUGGUGGCCAUUGACUUUGGCACGACCUCCAGCGGCUAUGCCUACGCCUUCACUAAAGAGCCGGAGUGCAUUCACACCAUGAGGCGCUGGGAGGGCGGAGAUCCAGGAGUGUCCAAUCAGAAAACGCCGACCACUAUUCUUCUGACUCCAGACAAGAAGUUCCACAGUUUCGGUUAUGCAGCGAGAGACUUUUACCAUGACCUGGACCCAACCGAGUCCAAACAGUGGCUCUACCUGGAGAAGUUCAAAAUGAAGCUUCAUACGACCGCAAAUCUGUCCAUCGACACAGACCUUCACGCAGCCAAUGGGAAGAGAGUGAAGGCGCUGGAUAUAUUUGCCUAUGCUCUGGCCUUCUUCAAGGAACAGGCUCUCAAAGAGCUGAGUGACCAGGCAGGGGCGGAGUUUGAUAAUGCUGAUGUCAGAUGGGUCAUCACUGUGCCGGCCAUAUGGAAGAUGCCUGCUAAGCAGUUUAUGAGGGAGGCAGCAUAUAAGGCUGGGUUAGCAUCCCGGGAGAAUCCUGAGCAGCUGAUCAUCGCUCUGGAGCCCGAGGCUGCCUCCAUCUACUGCCGCAAGCUCCGCCUCCACCAGAUGAUUGACCUGGGGUCCAAAACCUCCAUAAACGGCUACAGUCCCACAGAGAAUGUUGGGGCUGGGAUGACCCAGGCCAAGGAGCAUGUGCGCCGUAACCGGCAGAGCCGCACCUUUCUGGUGGAAAAUGUCAUAGGAGAGCUUUGGUCCGAACUCAACGAAGGUGACCGCUAUGUAGUGGUGGACUGUGGUGGAGGUACGGUGGAUCUGACGGUGCAUCAGAUCCGGAUGCCCGAAGGUCACCUGAAAGAGCUCUACAAGGCCUCAGGAGGUCCCUACGGUUCUAUCGGUAUCGAUUACGAGUUCGAGAAGCUGCUCUGUAAGAUCUUCGGUCAGGAUUUCAUCGACCAGUUUAAGAUCAAGCGUCCGGCAGCGUGGGUGGACCUGAUGAUUGCGUUCGAGUCCCGGAAGAGGGCGGCGGCUCCAGACAGGACAAACCCCCUCAACAUCAACCUGCCCUUCUCCUUCAUCGACUACUACAAGAAGUUCAGGGGCCACAGCGUGGAGCACGCCCUGCGCAAGAGCAAUGUGGACUUUGUGAAGUGGUCGUCUCAGGGCAUGUUGAGGAUGAACCCGGAUGCGAUGAACGCUCUCUUCAAGCCCACCAUCGACCACAUCAUUCAGCACCUCACUGACCUGUUUGAUAAACCAGAGGUGACAGACAUCAAGUUCCUGUUUCUGGUGGGCGGCUUUGCAGAAUCUCCACUCCUCCAGAAGGCGGUGCAGGACAUGCUACAGGGGCGGAGCCGCGUCAUCAUCCCGCACGACGUAGGCCUGACCAUCCUGAAGGGGGCGGUGCUGUUCGGCCUGGACCCUGGCGUCAUCAAGGUGCGCCGUUCACCGCUCACCUACGGGGUGGGCGUCCUGAACCGCUUUGUGGAAGGAAAGCACCCACCCGAGAAGAUGCUGGUGAAGGACGGCACGCGCUGGUGCACCGACGUCUUCGACACGUUCAUUGCCACGGAUCAGUCGGUGGCGUUGGGUGAGACGGUGAAGCGCAGCUACACCCCGGCGAAACCAAGCCAGCAGGUCAUCGUCAUCCACGUCUACUGCUCAGAGAAGGAGUCGGUGACCUUCAUCUCGGACCCCGGCGUGAGGAAGUGCGGGACCCUGCGUCUGGACGUGAGCGGAACGGAAAGCCCGGCGGCACGCAGGGAGAUCCAGACGCUCAUGCAGUUCGGAGACACCGAGAUUCGGGCCAUGGCCGUCGACGUGGCCACCUCACGUAGCGUCAAAGCUAGCAUUGACUUCCUCAGCCAGUGAGGAGAAAGAAAGAGAGAGAGAAAGAGAGAGGGGAGGGAAAAUGAAGUGAGAGAGUAUGGGAGAAGAAUGAAGGAAGGAUGUAGAUACUGUAUCGCUCAACUGUGGUCACCAAACCUUCUAAUGGAGAUCUGGUUUCUUUCUGGUUUAAAUUCCAGUUCAGUGUGAACACACUUGGUUCAGCUAGCACUGAUAAGUUAGAUAAGCUGGAUUAGGUGCGUUUGAUCAGGAUUGGAACUUCCAAAGUUUGGACACUCCUACUUAUAGAAGGGUUUUCCACAUUUUAUAAUAAAUAAAUAAUAUUGAAGAUAUUAAAGCUGUGAAAUAGCACAUUUGGAGUUGUGUAGCGAAGGAUUCGAUGAAGGAAUGUUUUGUUGCAGCCUUGUAUAAUAAGCACAGUGCAACUAGUAUAGUACAAAAAUAUGAAAAAACCCUGAAGGUCACUGGAUGUGACAUGAGCAAGACUGCUGCUGGAGUUUUUAAACACUGUUCUAUCACUCACUGUCCUCCACUCUAUAACACACUCCUACUUACAGUAGCUGCUCCACCUUGUAGAUAAAGUAAAGUCAGAGAAAGUUGCUGCCCAGUUUACAGUGUUGCUUAUUCUAUAGUCCUUCAUUGUUCAUCGUUAGCUCAAUCUUUCUGAUUGGUGGACUAUUCUCAGUCCAGCAGUGAUACUGAGGUGUUUAAAAACUCCAGCAGCACUGCUGUGUCUCCUCCUACACACACUACUAACACCUCAUACACCACCAUCAUGCUAAUCAGUGCUAAUCAAUCACUGCAGUGCUGAGAAUAACGAACCACCACCCAAAUAAUAAUAGCUGCUCUGCAAGUUUGACACACAGGGGCAAGUGACAAUAAGUCUUACUUUGUAGCUGAUCAGUGAAUAUAUAUAUAUAUAUAUAUUUGUUUCAUUGUCCAAAAUACCUGUCUCUACUACAACUAUAGCGAUGGUGGUAAAUUACCCAGCUAUGGGAAGCAACCUUCCUGAAGCUCAGUGAUUACCUGCUCAUCUAUUACCACACAGCGUUAGAUUAACCCCAGAAAGAGACCACAGAUAUCAGUUCAGUAUUAAUUAGCUUAUGGCUUUGAGUUUACACAGACAAAACCAACCUAUCUGAAUUAUUUUAGAAAAACAGACAAAUGCUAUCGUUAGGAGCCUGUUCACCUCAUGCCACAACAAAUUUCACGUAUAUUUACCUCAGAAACAAAUGCUAAUGUGUAGCGUUAGCGAACACCACAGAUAAUAAACUUAACAUAAUAGAUUUAUGCUUAAAAAAACUAUUAUUCCAGUACGUAAAAUGAGCUUGAACUUGAUUAUUUAUUAUCGGUUAUUGGUGCUGCCUCUGUGAUGUAUUGUAUGUAAUAUAGCUGCGAUAUUUGUGCUCCUUCUCGUAUGGUCUGCUACUUAAGGCUACUCUUGUGUGCCGCUAUGUUUCACAACAUAACACACCUUCAAUCUGGUGCUUUAUCCUGUGUUCGCUUACUAGCGUACCAGUGUAAAUAAGAGUAAUAAAUUUAACUAGAUAGUGUGGUUGAGCUAUUUUUAAAAUAAAGGUUAGCUAGCUUUGCUAACUGAACUGUUAAGUGCCGCGUUUGUCUUUGACGCUUAUUGAGCAUAAAUAAGUGUAGCUACCUAGGCUGAUGUUAACAUUAGCCACAGCAUUGGUGCUGGACAAGGUUACAUUGUGAUUGUUCUGAAAUGUGGAAGGCAGUAAAGAUGAAAAGUGGAAAAUCUCUAGAAGUAGGUGUGUCCAAACUCUGUAAAUGUAAAUUUAAAAAGGGAAGUAGCUCUCCACUAUGAGGGAUGGUUUCCAUUGGGUAGAGUCUCUCAUAGGAAAUUCACCAGGACUGAACUAACGUUGAAACACUUGUAGCUACACCAAAUGUCCACUGUUAGUUUUCUAAACUGGCGACUUUGCUGUGAAUUAGCACACAGUGACCCCACCCACCUGCAGCAUUGUGCCAGUCUGGUUUUCUUUUCAAGCCUCUAAAAACUGCAAGCUUACUCUAAAUCGCGAGAUUACUCUUUACAGUUCGUCCAGUAGUAUAUGGCUCAUGUCCUGAUGAGAACUGAAUAGGUGGGAUGUGUGGGAGUGGCCUGUGAGAGUGGGCGUGACUUAAUGUCAGAACAACCUCAAUAAGGUUGGGUUCUUUUGAGAAAAAUGCCAAUGUCACUGUGUUAAAUAACAGUUAGCUGGGUAAAGCUAUGCUAUGUUAAAACUAUCCCAAAAAUCAUAAGAAUUUCUUGGUCAGUAUCUUGAACACCACUUUUAUUCAUUUGAUUUAACAAAAUUAUGGAUACCUUUUAAUUUGCCAGCUUCUUACUGAAAUUUUCCAUUCCACCUUAAAUGGUGCACUGUUUGAAGUAUAUGAAUAAGUGAAAUGGCUACAGGAGUGCGAUUUUCUGAUAGCACUGGAUAGAGUUUUUCCAGAUGUGAAGCUUAUACGGGUUGCCAAAUUGACACACAAUGGCAAUCUACACGAGUCUUACUCUGUUCAGCUGAUUAAUGAAUAUAUAUGUUUUAAAUAUAUGUCCAAAAAUGCCUGUUUCUACUAUGCAAGUGGUGGUGGUAAAGUACCUAGCUAUGGUCAGCAACCUUACUGAGGCUCAUUGAUUACCUGUUCAGCAAAAUGAUGAUUAUGGUGAUACAUCCUGAUCUUGUUAUGAGUUACUACAGAAAAUAUAAUCCUUAUGAUCACUUAAGGUGGAAUGGGAAAUUUUAAUUAGGCCUUUAAUGUUGGUGUCAAAGAUUGAAACCAUUAUAACAUUAAAUGUCAGUGUUACAUAUGUUUAGGUUUUAACUAAAGUAGUUUUUCUCCUUCAGAAUUCAGAAUUCUUGCUAGUGCAUUACGACUGAAAGUCACUAUUACAGAGAGAAAUGUACAGUGGCCAGCAGAGGGCACUGUUGGGUCUAGGAAAAUAAAUGAGCAACUCUUAACAUUUUUAAAAAUGUAUUACAUUAUGUUAUACAUCACCUCAGUACUUAGCUUUUCAUGCGUGCUUUAUCUGUGGACAUUGCACCCCUCCUGAUGAACCUCUGAAACCCUAACUAGUACAGUAAACCCCACUACCUGUCAUUCACUGUUAGUGACACUGGCAUUUUCACAUAUAUACAGUAUUUGUAUUCGGUUCAUCAGUAUUUCUGUCUAGAACACUGCAGUGCUCAUCACUUCACCAGAGUCAUCGGGUCACUCAAGAAAAAGGCUUCAAGAAAAACUAGAUCCUGGGUGCCACGUCCUAAUUGUGUACUAGUUACUAAAGCUAACUUGUUUUUAAGUAGGAAGUCUGUAAAGUAGUACAGAGAGAAUCUAAAAUAAUAUUAGAAAAAUAUGGCAAAGUAUAACAAUAAAAGUGCAGCUGCAGCAGCGUCUGGAGAAUGUGCGUAUGUAUAGUAUUUUUUGCACUAUAAGCUAAGCUAAUAUAAGUAAACAAAACUGUAAUUCUUAAAAAAAAAAAA